AUGUUUCGAAUCAUCAUUGUCCUAUGCGCACUUUUCAACUCUCUUCACUGUGUAACUGUUCGAUUCAAUUUGAAACAGCUACCGAGAUUCUUUACGCCAUUAAAUGAUAAGAUUUUCUUAGCUGGAUCAUUUAAUCAAUGGAUACCGAAUGAUCAACGAUAUGAAUUCAAUAGUAUUACGAAAUCGUUAACAAUUGAUCUGCCGCAAUCGACUACAGUGGAAUUCAAGAUAACAAGAGGAAGUUGGUCGACAGCUGAAACCUGGGGAGAUGGAACAGCACGAGCGAAUCGAAAGUUAACUACAUCAAACAAUCCUCAGUCAAUUGAUGUUUCUAUUGAACAAUGGUCGGAUACAGCUGGCCGUGUUCACACUGCUACGAAUCAAGUUUACAUCUUAGAUUCGAACUUUUCCAUGUGGAAUCAUCUUCCACGCACACGUCGUAUCUGGAUUUAUCUUCCUCGAAGUUAUUCCACUGAUCUCAAUCGACGCUAUCCAGUGGUUUACGCGCAUGAUGCUCAAAACUUGUUCGAUGCCAGCACAUCAUUUUCAGGUGAAUGGGGUGUAGACGAAAGUUUAGAUAAUCUCUCCCAAGAAAUGAUCGUUGUCGGUAUUGACAAUGGAGGCUCCGAACGUUUGAAUGAAUUAACACCAUACUCAAAUGCAAACUACGGUGGCGGCCAAGCAAAUCUUUAUUUGGAUUUCAUUGUAGACAAACUUCGUCCGUAUAUCAACAGCCACUUUCGAACGAAACCCGAACGUGAGAAUACUGCUAUCCUAGGUAGUUCACUUGGUGGUCUGUGUAGUUUCUAUGCCGGUAUUCGACAUGAAGAUAUCUUUGGAUUGAUUGGUAUAUUCAGUCCAUCAUUCUGGUUUUCUGAUGAUAUUUACACUUAUGUUGCAAAGCAUACGUUCCGAAAUUCUCCGCCACGACUUUAUUUUGUCGGAGGUCAAUUGGAGAGUUCAACAAUGGUUAGUAAUAUGCAACGAAUGAUCAACGUUUUGCAAAAUACAACCGUUGAGUAUAAACAAAAUCCAACUAAGUUAAAACUUGUCGUUGCUGCUGACGGUCAACACCAAGAAUGGUUUUGGAGACGUGAAUUUCCUACAGCUAUCAAAUGGUUAUUUCCAUAA